AUCUUCCUGCACCACAGCCAGUCAGUCCGAGAAACGCCAGAGUUUUGAUGGUUUCGUAACUGGCGACCCGUCGUCAUCCAAGGAGUGUGGUGUGUAGCAAAAAUAAAAAGUACAGUAGCAAGAAGGAAAAACGCAGAACGGAUUCGUCGUCGUCGUCGAGGUUGAGCGUAAACUCGGCGGGGGAGUGCGUUUCUUGACUCGGGUGGAUACCCGCUUUUCGAGAGUUGUCCCGGUGAAAAAUUGGAAAUUGCGGCGUUUAUUGUGAAAGGUUCUUCCACCUGCAUUGAUCGCAUCCAGACACAGGUACCGUUUCGUUCGUGGAAACAAAAGGUGUGUGGGAAAAGUAGUGAAGUGAGAAAGGCGAAAUUUUAUGUUGAUUUCAUGCCGCUGGAUGGUUUUCAAACUUUGUUGACCCCCACUGAAUAAAAGCCAAGUGAAGAAGAGUCGUGGGAGCCCGCGGCGGCAUUUGAUUGUAUCUGAUCCACGAAGGGGAACUUCCACUGCAGUUCUGUAAAAAUUCCACUUUUUGCGAAGAGGGUGGAGGUGCAGCAAUUUUGACAAUCGAUUUUUGUCGUCCGGGCGCAGCCUGGCUAGAUGUGAGUGAGGUGAUUCGAUUACCGGGAGAUAGGAAUAAAAAACUGCGCGCUCGAUAAUGGUGGCAUGGUCGGCGUCCCAUCGACGACACGUUCGCAUUCUGCUCGUGGGGGACCAGGGCGUCGGGAAAACGUCACUGAUCCUGUCGCUCGUCAGUGAGGAGUUCCCGGAAGAUGUGCCCACCAAGGCGGAGGAGAUUACCAUUCCGGCCGACGUUACGCCGGAACAGGUCCCAACCAACAUAGUCGAUUAUUCCGCCACCGAACAAUCGGAUGAUGCCCUAGCGGAGGAAAUCCAGAAGGCCCAUGUCGUCUGCAUAGUCUACUCGGUGGAAUGCGAUGAGUCGUUGGACAGGAUCACUACCCACUGGCUGCCGGUGAUCCGGGAGUACUCCGGUGAGCAGCGGAAGCCAGUGGUCCUAGUUGGAAACAAAAUCGAUCUCAUCGAUUACUCAACUAUAGACCAUGUCUUGUCCAUUAUGGAGGACUUCCCUGAGGUGGAAAGCUGUGUGGAAUGUUCGGCAAAAACACUGCAUAACAUCUCGGAAAUGUUCUACUAUGCACAGAAAGCCGUUCUCCAUCCAACGGCACCGCUUUAUAUCAUGGAAGAGCAAGAUCUAACGGACGCGUGCAAGAAAGCUUUGAUUCGGAUAUUUAAAGUGUGCGACAUUGACGGUGAUGGUCUGCUGAAUGACUACGAGUUGAACCACUUUCAACGUCGCUGUUUCAAUGCACCUCUGCAGCCGCAAGUCCUGGACGAAGUGAAGGCCGUUUUAAUGAAAAACACCCCGGAUGGCAUCCGCAAUGACUCCGUAACGCUAAAGGGCUUCCUCUUUCUGCACUGCCUCUUCAUCCAGCGGGGACGAAACGAAACAACCUGGGCUGUGCUGCGUCGGUUCGGAUAUAACGAAAACCUAGAAAUGAGUUCAGAAUACCUUCACCCAGCAGUCAAAAUCCCUCCGGGCAGCAGUACCGAACUAUCCCACCGUGGUCAGCAGUUUCUGAUCUCGCUCUUCGAGCGGAGCGAUCGAGACGGCGACAAUGCUCUCUCGCCGGAGGAGUUCCGCGUCGUGUUCAGCGCUUGCCCUUGUCCGCCUUUUUCGACCGAUAUCAAGCGCACGGUUCCUACCAACGAAAACGGUUGGCCAACGCUGCACGGUUGGAUGUGCCGGUGGACGCUGAUGACGCUGGUCGAUUUAAACAAAACCCUAGAAUACUUGGCCUAUUUGGGAUUCAGCGUGCACGAGAAUGAGUCCCAGCUGGCUGCGAUACACAUCACUCGGGAGCGAAGAAUAGACUUGGCUAAGAAGCAGAACAGUCGAUCCGUUUACAUGUGUCACGUCAUUGGACCGAAAGGAUCCGGCAAAACGGCCUUCUGUCGGGCUUUCCUAGCGGAAGAUAUGCGGAAAUUAACGGACAAAGACAUCCGCGGUACGAACCAGUAUGCCAUCAACACUGUCCAGGUGUACGGCCAGGAAAAGUUCCUGGUCCUGCGGGACAUUGACGUGCGCCAGGUGCUAGACCCUCUGCAACCGAGCGAAGUGAACUGCGACGUUGCGUGUCUGGUGUACGAUAUCAACAAUCCCAAAUCGUUCGAGUACGUCGCCCGGAUAUACAUCAAAUACUUCGCCGAGAGUAAGAUCCCCGUCCUGAUAGUCGGUGCCAAAGCGGACAUGGAGGAAAUCCGGCAGGAGUAUCUGCUCCAGUCGCCGGACUUUUGCCACAAGUACAAACUACUGCCGCCGCAGUACUUCAGCAUCAAGCACAACAAAAAGGACAUCUACACCAAGCUGGCGACGAUGGCUGCAUUUCCUCACCUGAAGCAGUUCGGUCUAAUGUCCAGCGAUCCGUUGCUGUGGUGGAAGGCAGGCCUCGGUAUAGCGGCAGCAACCAUCGUUGGAUUUUUCGUCGUGAAGGCUUUCCACGGUUCCAGCUCACAUGCACGAUGAAUCGGUUGAACAACGGCGCACCCAAUUGCUAAAUCGUACUAGAGUAGUCACCAUUCACAGCAAAAACAGAAAAGAUUGGAAAUAAACAUAUACAUUUUACCACCAGGCCCCUGGACGACCGGCGGUAAGUGCUCUAUCGUUGGCUUAGAUUCGUCACUAGGCCUAUUGUACAUAUUCGUCACUAGUAGAGAGAUAACAGGUUGCAAAGUUGUGUUAUGUAGCUGCUACGGCUCGCUCAGAUGAACCAUUCAGAUUAUUGCAACGUUUGCAUUAUUGCAUUGACUUGCUGAAGAAUUCCUAGCUAUGGCCAAAUUUAUAUGGCUUUCUAAGACUAGACUCUAUGCAACUUUUGAACUGAAGUUUAACAAUAUAAAUAUGGAUACCAAACAUAGCUUGUUUUAUUAUCACUUUAUGUAUUUUGCAAUAAUAAUCCUAGUUUACAUGUUCAUUAGAGUGCCCUUUAUUUUUCGAAAUUCCCCAAUGCGAAAAUUCGAUCAGAGUUGCGCUAGACUUUUUUAUGCAUUGGAGAUGUUUAGCAGACUGUUGCCAUUCUUAUAUUUUAUUCGAAACGAAAGAUUGUUUGUUUCUUACAAAAAGAACGAAAAAAUGGUACCGUUUGAGAUGUAUUCGAUUUUUUUUUUUACGUUUCAUGUGAAUCGUAAAUGUGCACCAUAGAAAAAUCAUAGCAACAUGUUUGUUAUUUUCACAACACAAGCAAUUUCAAAAAAUAAACUGCACCCUAGUGUACAUCCGUCUCAAUUUAGUUGAUGCAAUACCUUGUAAUUACUUGUUCCGAUAGACGCGCACGUAUACAGCCCCCACUCGCAUGAUAGUUCCAUAUGAAUAGGAAAUCCAGCUAAGAUGGGACUGUUAUGCGAGUUGGGGCAGUAUACCUAACUCAAUCAAUCUUACUGGCAGCUGCCCAAUACUUUUGUUCGCUACAACAUGUGAUUUUCUUUGCAUAGUUUACUUAAGAUUGAAUAUGUUGCAGUACAGCCUCUAGUCUAGCAAGUUUAGCUUCCGCAGUUUCACCGAACAAUUGACAGAGUCUAGACAAGCAGAGAUUGUAAAUUAGUUUGACCGUACGUAAUGGUAUCUAUAUAAAACCCAAAAUUAAAUUGCAAAA